UUAAAGCCGCCCUAAGAAGACUUAACACUGUUUUUCGUCGUCUCCUGAAAAGUUAUAUUUCAAGUGAAAAAUAUUGUGAUAUUUAGUUAUAGUGUGCCAAAAUAGUUAAAAAUGGAUGACGACCAGCAGUUCUGUUUACGAUGGAAUAACCACCAGUCAACAUUAGUAGCGGUUUUUGACACAUUAUUAGAAAACGGAACUCUAGUAGACUGCACACUGGCAGCAGAAGGAAAAUGCCUAAACGCACACAAAGUAGUUUUAUCUGCUUGCAGUCCAUAUUUUGAGGCGCUGCUGUCACGACACUUUGACAAGCACCCAAUCCUCAUUCUAAAGGAUGUAAAAUUCCAAGAACUGAAAGCGAUGAUGGACUAUAUGUACAGAGGUGAAGUGAACAUAUCACAAGACCAAUUAGGUGCACUUUUGAAAGCGGCAGAGUCCUUACAAAUCAAGGGACUGUCGGACAAUAGAAAAGGUGAACCGGAAAGGAAAACGGCACCUGUCCCGCCACCGCCCAAGAGUCCUCAACAAACGUCGGCAUUACCUAAAGUACAAGGUCUAACGAUAGAACAACGCAGUAGGGACGACAGCAGGGAAGGGAGUUUGUCGCCGGGGCCGCGGAAGAAAAAAAGGUUAAGGCGAAAGAGUGAGGAACUAGACAACCAUGACGCCUCAAACUCAUCAGAAUCUCACAGCCUACCCGCCCAAAACAUUCCUUCGUCGUUACCUGCCGCAUCCAAAAUUAAUGCCGAUGUGCCUGAACCCGUAGAAACCAAAUCCGAUAUAUUAAGGCAUAAACAACCUGACGAUAUUCCCCAAGUUCCUAUAAUAAAAGAGAAAAUAGAAACCCAUACAGAACUGAUGCUUGAACCAAAGUCUGAAUAUGUAGAGGAAAUGAACGAGGACAGUAUUGAGGAUUUGACGUUAGAUGAUGAUGACCUUAGUAAUAUGGAACAAUUAGAAGAUCAAGCAGGGCCUAGUCAUGGCAACGCGGGUGAAGGAUCCAGUCAAGGUUUUGGCGGGUGGCAUAUGGGUAAUCAAAGUCAAGAUGAAGUAUUUUUGGCCGCGCAAGAGGCCGUAGGUGCACAUCGUGAUUCACAAGGGAUCUUAUGGACCGAAAGAAGGAGUAUUUUUCCUAACGGUUUGGAACAUCUGCUGAAGAGUGUUCCAGACGGACAAAUUGUUUUACUGAAGCAGCAAGGUUUGGACAACCCAAGCAGACAGAAACUCGUCAAAAUUGUUAUUGAUAAUUUAAUUUUACAAAACAAUCCGUCUCAUAAAUUCCCGAGCAUAUUGCGCGACGCCGCUCAGGAAAUUGUAGAACUCUUCCCAGGAGAGAGACUGGAAUCGUACUUUAUACCUUAUUCCAAAAAGACUUACUCAAAGGAUAAGAUCCUUCCCAGGGGUAAACUGUAUUCGAGAUGGGUUAACUGCAAGAGGGCGCUGACGAUUGCCAAGUUCGACAAGCCCAGCGAAGGACAAAGGAAAGACAAAGAUGACCAAGGAAUUUCAAUAGUUGAUAUAACUGAGAAUGAAAAAGUUUGUUAUAAUUCUUUACUACAACCUGAAAAUAGCAUUUGGGAAGAAACCCUGAAAGAUUGGAGGAGUACAUUCAAUAUACGUAUGUUGAAGUUGAAAUCGUUAGAAUCGGGUCUAAUUUAUUUUCACACAUUUCCUGCGCUGAAGCAACCCAUGGGGUACAAACUCUUCGAAGAAGACUUUAAUAUGAAAUAUCCCAGUAUCACAAAUCAGUCGAUGCACAAAAUUUGGCCUGGGGUAGCUUCUGCCAUUGUUGAAAUUUUAAGAGGAAAACAAGUUCAGGCCCCCGAAUUGUAUUCUAUGAGUAUCGAUUUAGCCGUUCUGUCUUUGAAAGUCUUACCAUGGCUUUUCCAACCUACCAUUCUCAGAAAUAAAAUCACCAAGAAAAAUUUUAAGCUCAACAGGCUGGAGAUGGCAGACAGAUUUUUCUUGCAUGUUGUGGGGCCUCAGGACCUGGAUGCUAGACUAAACGACAGAAGAAAGAAACUUCAAGAGUUCGACAUAAAGAUACAACCCAUUAUGGUAGUAGUGGGUCCACUUCAAAACCCUCAAGCGUUUUUCGUUGUACUUGACAAUCAAAGAUAUAUGUUCAAUGACAUUUUAACUACGUUAGAUGUAACGUUUAAAAUAUUUUUCGCCUUGGAUAUACCUUUUCCUUGUGAAUGCAGGUAUUUGUGGCAAACGAUAGACCAGUUGGUGUACAGAAUCAACGCAAACGUUGAUCCUGCCUCAAGCGUGGUCUUGAGCGAAAUAGAACAGAAAUUGAAGAAGCAGUAAACAACACGAUUAUAAUUCCUUCAACAUAUUCUUUUUAAAUAAUAAUGGAAGUAGAUUUUUUGUAUUUCUUGACUUCAUUGUUCAAACCAAUUCACCUAGUUCAUUGUCAGUUUUGAAAAAGCAAAAAUCGUAAUAAUGAAACGUCAACUGGCAAAAUGUUUUAUGUGGCAAGUUAAAAAAAUAACUGAUCUUUAUCUUGUGGAUGUCUUACUCUAAUUUUAGGGAUAAGUUUCAUGUAUAAGAUUGCUUUUUUUGUAU